CAGUUUGAUUCUUCUGUGAACACAAAGUCAUGACUGGCUGAAUAAUCCUCAUUAAACCUGCUGUAACCCAAGAAAACAAGCAGAUAUUUAAAGAGCAUUGACCAGGUGAAUGCUGGAUGGUUUUAUUAUACUGUAUACUGUGUGUGUGCGUGUGUGUGUGUGUGUGUGUGUGUGUGUUACUUCCUGUUCUCUCAGUCUUGCCUGUGACUCUUGCACAAACUUGUUUCCGUUAAAUGUUCGGAGCUCACAGUCAGUGUUCCUCUUUCACCUCUCAGACUGACUUCAGAUCAGAAGAUGAGUGAUGGUGUGGAGGAAGAGGAGGACAGAGCAGAGUCUCUAGUCUCUGGCUGUCUGUCUAUGAAGAGUGACUGGUCCAAAGAUCAACCUGUGGACUUCAGUAAUGAACCUGGACCCUCACAAGGCUCAGCUCCUCCUCCACACACGGACACACUAGUGGCUUUUCAGCGCGAGACCUACGAAGAACAUGAAGACUCUGACAUGUUCCCUUGGAAGAGGAGUGAUGUUUCUGUGGAGGAGCUGCUGUCCUGCUGCGCUUUGUGUCAGGAUGUCCUCAAGGAUCCAGUCUCUAUCAGCUGUACCAGCUGUGGACACAGUUUCUGCAGACAGUGCAGCACCUCAUACUGGGACCAGUCUGCUUCAUCAGGAGACUCCUCCUGUCCCCAGUGUGGACAAAGAUCCAGAACAAGAGAGGUUGUAGAUGAACAUAAGAGCAGUCUGAGGAGGAGAUGUGAAUGUGUGACUGAAGGAACUGAUGAAACAGGAAGUGGAACCCUCCUCAACAGGAUCUACACUGAGCUCUACAUCACAGAGGGACAGAGUGAAGAGGUUAAUACCCAACAUGAGGUGAUGCAGCUUGAGACAGCUUCCAAGAUGAAGACCCUCCAUGACACUCCAAUCAAGUGCCACGACAUCUUUAAAGCCUUACCUGACCAACAGGAACACAUCAGAGUCGUUCUGACGAACGGUGUCGCUGGCGUUGGAAAAACCUUCUCAGUGCAGAAGUUCACUCUGGACUGGGCAGAGGGCUGGGAAAACCAAGAUGUCAGUCUGGUGGUUCUGCUUUCGUUCAGGGAGCUGAACUUGAUCAGAGAUGAGCAGUACAGUCUUCUCAUGCUGCUCCAUAUUUUCCAUCCAACAUUACAGAAGGUCACAGCAGAGAAGCUCGCUGUCUGUAAAGUUCUGUUCAUCUUUGACGGCCUGGAUGAAAGCAGACUUUCACUGGAUUUCCACAACAAGAAGGUUGUGUCUGAUGUCACCCAGAAGUCAUCAGUCAACGUGCUGUUGACAAACCUCAUCAAGGGGACUCUGCUUCCCUCAGCUCUCGUCUGGAUAACUUCCCGACCUGCAGCAGCCAAUCAGAUCCCUCCUGCAUGUGUUGACAGGGUAACAGAAGUACGAGGCUUCACGGACGCCCAGAAGGAGGAGUACUUCAGGAGGAGAUUCAGUGAUGAAGAGCUGUCCAGCAGAAUCAUCUCACACAUCAAGACAUCCAGGAGCCUCCACAUCAUGUGUCUAAUCCCAGUCUUCUGCUGGAUCACUGCUACAGUUCUGGGCCACAUGUUGACUACAGACCAGAGAGGAGAGCUGCCCAAGACCCUGACUGACCUGUACUCACACUUCCUGGUGGUUCAGACAAAGAGGAAGAAGCAGAAGUAUGGUGAGGGACACGAGACGAGUCCACAGGAGCUGACGGAGGCUGACAGGGAAGUUCUUCUGAAGCUGGGGAGGCUGGCGUUUGAACAUCUGAUGAAAGGAAACGUCAUGUUCUACCAAGAAGACCUGGAGCGGUGUGGUCUGGAUGUCACAGAGGCCUCGGUGUACUCAGGAGUUUGUACAGAGAUCUUCAAAAGAGAGUGUGUGAUCUUCCAGAAAACAGUCUACUGCUUUGUUCAUCUGAGCGUUCAGGAGUUUCUGGCUGCAGUCUACAAGUUCCACUGUUCCACAAACAGCAACACAGAGGUACUGGAAGCCUUCCUGGGAGAAAAUUAUCUUCAUUCACUCCUGAAUAGAGCCAUGGAGAAAUCCCUUGAAAGUAAAAAUGGCCACCUGGACCUGUUUGUUCGCUUCCUUCAUGGCCUCUCUCUGAAGUCCAACCACAAACUCUUAGGAGGCCUGCUGGGUCAGACAGAAAACAGUCCAGAAAUCAUCCAGAGAAUCAUCAACAACCUGAAGGCGAUGAACAGAGAUCAUAUCUCUCCUGACAGAAGUAUCAACAUCUUCCACUGUCUGACGGAGAUGAACGACCAGUCGGUACAUCAGGAGAUCCAAGAGUUCCUGAAGUCAGAGAACAGAUCAGAGAGGAAACUCUCUGAGAUCCACUGCUCAGCUCUGGCCUACAUGCUGCAGAUGUCAGAGGAGGUUCUGGAUGAGUUGGACCUGAAGAAGUACAACACAACAGACGCGGGACGACAGAGACUGAUUCCAGCUGUGAGGAACUGCAGAAAAGCUCAACUUUCUAAAUGUGGACUCUCGGAUACUCACUGUGAAGUUGUGGCCUCAGCUCUGAAGUCUAACCCCUCCCAUCUGAGAGAGCUGGACCUGAGUGACAACCACAACAUGCAGGAUUCAGGAGUGAAGCUGCUGUCUGCUGGACUCGAGAGUCCAAACUGUAGACUGGAGACUCUGAGAUUGAUGGACUGCAGGUUGUCAGAGAUCAGCUGUGCUUCUCUGGUCUCAGCUCUGAAGUCCAACCCCUCCCAUCUGAGACACCUGAAUCUGGAUGACAACGAGCUGCAGGAUUCAGGAGGGAAGCUCUUGAGUGGUUUUCUGGAGAGUCCACACUGUAGACUGGAGACUCUGAGGUUGUCAGAGAUCAGCUGUGCUUCUCUGGUCUCAGCUCUGAAGUCCAACCCCUUCCAUCUGAGAAACCUGGAGCUGAGUGGAAACGAGCUGCAGGAUUCAGGAGUGAAGCUCCUGUGUGGUAUUCUGGAGAGUCCACACUGUGGACUGGAGAUUCUGGGAUUGUGGGACUGCAGGUUGUCAGAGAUCAGCUGUGCUUCUCUGGUCUCAGCUCUGAAGUCCAACCCCUCCCAUCUGAGAGAGCUGUAUCUGAGUGGAAAUGAGCUGCAGGAUUCAGGAGUGAAGCUUCUGUGUGGUUUUCUGGAGAGUCCACACUGUAGACUGGAGUCUCUGAGCUUGGAGGGCUGCAGGUUGUCAGAGAUCAGCUGUGCUUCUCUGGCCUCAGCUCUGAAGUCCAACCCCUCCCAUCUGAGAGACCUGGAUCUGGAUGACAACCAGCUGCAGGAUUCAGAUGUGAAGCUGCUGUCUGAUCUUGUGAAGAGUCCAAACUGUAGACUGGAGACUCUGAGCUGGAAGGAGUGAUCUCUGUCAGAGUCUGAGUGAUCAGAAAAGUGGAUGUGUUGAGAGGAUCAGCCGUGUCCUGAUGAUCCACAGAGGUUCACCACCUGGACCUGGAUCUUAUUAACUCUUUUUUUUAUUCAUUCAUAUAUUCUGAACCCAAAAUGCCUCUGCAGAAUAGUUCAGUUUAUGACAACAUAACUGUAGAUUAACACAUUUAAAUAGAUCUUUCUGCUUUGCUUUGUGUUGCAGCUCCACUCUGUGGAACGAUGGAGUUUUGCUGUUUAUUUACACAUAUUUCUAAAUAACAGUGGAAGUUAAUAAAGUUACCCUAUUAAAACCAAGCCCUCAGGAAGAGCGCCCUCCACACCUUCGUGGGAUGGUGCAGAGGGUACAGAGCC